CUCUUCCUUCCAUCUCCUAAUCUUGCCAUUUGCAAAUUAACUCUGUUUAUUUAUUUAUUUGUUUCAUGUAAAAAAGAGUUGUAAUAAAUAUUAAAGAAACACCGAGUUAAAUGAGACCUCUGCCUUGUCUUCUCUGCUGCUUCUCUGCCUUGGCUCCUUCAUAGCCGGCCUUUUAUCCUUUCUCAAUUCGCAGACCAAAGAUCUAUUCAAACUCUGUUUUUAUUCCUUGUCUUAUUAAUCAAGACUCACCGCAAUUCAAACUAACUUCAUUGCAUGUGCUUGUGAGAUUAAUUCCCACAUCUGGGCACCGACAGCUCCAAGUGUAGGUGAAAUUCUUGAUCUUUUUAUGAGGUGGCUCGAUCUGAUUUUGGAUUUAGAUCAGUGGGUUUGAUCUUGUUCUUGUUGUUUGGAUUGGUUAAGGUUGGUGGUUUUGUUUAAAUCAAAUAUUGAAUUUUGAUUGAAAGAGAAAAAAGAUUAUUGAAAGAGAAAAACAAAUAUUCUGGGGUUUGAUUUGAAAUGGUCUAUUUCCAUAGCUCAAUCUCGGUCUGCAAUUCAGUUGACCAAUCGGCAGCAACAGUUAUGGCUAAUUCUGUGAAUUCAAAUGAGUUGCAUCCAAAAUUAAAGAACAAGAAUCAUGGACAGAAUGGUAGGAAGAUGAAUAAUAAUCAUGUGAAUUGUUCUAGUAUUCCUGUCUGUGAUCGAUCUCGAUCAGCUGUUGUUGAUGUUGUGAUCUUGAUUGCUGUUAUUGCUGCCUGUGGUUUCUUGUUAUUUCCUUAUAUCAAGGUUGUAACUUUCUGUUUGAUUAAAUUUGUCACUGUUAUGCAUUCUCUGGUGAAAGAGGAAAUUCUGAGAAGUCCUAUGAUAUAUGCAUCUAUUGGGGUUGGUACUUUUUGUGCUGCAAUAGCUGUUUGGAUAGUAUUUACAUGUACAACUAGAAAAUGUGGAAAUCCGAACUGUAAAGGAUUAAGGAAGGCUGCCGAAUUUGAUAUUCAGCUGGAGACAGAAGAGUGUGUGAAGAAUUCUAAUGGUAGUUUGGUGAAAGAUGGAGUGAAGAGGGGCCUUUUCGAAUUGCCUCGUGAUCACCACCGUGAAUUGGAGGCUGAACUGAAGAAGAUGGCACCGCCUAAUGGAAGAGCGGUUCUUGUGUUUCGAGCAAGGUGUGGAUGUUCUGUUGGGAGAUUGGAAGUUCCAGGAACAAAGAAGCAAAAGAAGAUCAAGAAGUAGGAGUUGUUAAUCUGUUUAUUUUAUAGAGAGGAUAUAAAGCAAUGCAGGAGUAGAAUCAUAAGGGAGAGAGGAGUAUCUUCUCCAAUUGAUCUUCGUGGAGCUACCUUGUCCUUAAAUAAGCUCAUGGCAAUAACUUGUAAGGGAUAAUAUAUACAUUUCGUUAUAGUGGAGAAUAUAAGAAUCCUUUCUUUCGUUUAAAUUUACUUGGAAUUACAUAAUAAUUAUUCCUUUUGAUUCCA